CCUCUCCGUCGCUCGCUCUCCUCCACCCCUCUCCAGCGUAGCUUUGUCCGGCCCACCGGCAGCAGCUGCGUCCCCCUCCCCUCCGCCUCAGAAGGCAUCCCCGUGCGGCAUGACCUCUUCUCCUCGAGUCUCCGGCCAAAUUCACUAAAUGGGAUUCGUGGCUGGACCGUGGUUUCCACAGCAACUGGCCGUCCGCUUCCAUUCUUUCUCGGAUGAGGACAGCCGUCCGGACUUAGCUCGCUUCCUCGCUGCGCGUCUCUGAUUUGGGGCAGAAUCAAGACGCCUUCUCUGGUCUGCAUAUGGGGGCGGGCAAGAGUAAGCCCAAGGAGCCGGGCCAGCGCUCCAUGAGCCUGGAUGGAACCAUCGGCACCGGCUCAGACAGCGGGCACUUCCACCACCUAGGCCCGGCCCAGCAGACCCAAACCCCCAACAGGAGUCCUGCUUUUGGCACCGGCAGGCGGGCACAUCCGAGCCAGCAUCAACAUGCGCCGACAAAUACUCCGGAGUUGGCUCUGUUCGGAGGGGUGGACCACACCGGCACCAUCACAUCACCUCAGAGAGGUCCGCUGUCCGGAGGCGUUACUACGUUCGUGGCGCUGUACGACUAUGAAUCACGGACAGCGUCUGAUCUGACCUUUCGGAAAGGCGACAGGCUGCAGAUUGUAAACAACACAGAAGGAGACUGGUGGCUCGCUCGCUCCCUGACCACGGGGGAAAGCGGAUACAUCCCCAGCAACUACGUGGCUCCGUCCGACUCCAUCCAAGCAGAAGAGUGGUAUUUUGGGAAGAUCACUCGCCGUGACUCGGAAAGGAUCCUGUUGAACUUGCAAAACAGACGGGGAACCUUUUUAGUGAGGGAGAGUGAAACGACCAAAGGAGCGUACUGCCUGUCCGUGUUGGACUACGACAACACCAAAGGUCUGAAUGUCAAGCAUUACAAGAUCAGAAAGCUGGACAGUGGUGGCUUCUACAUCACCUCUCGCACCCAGUUCACCAGCCUACAGCAGCUCGUCUUCCAUUACCGCAGUGAGUCACGUCCGUCCCGUCCCUGCGGCAGUUUGUUAGGAUUUCUAAUGAUUUUAAAUCUUUCAGAGCACUCUGACGGGCUGUGCCACGCUCUCACAGAUGUGUGUCCAGUGGCCAAACCUCAGACGCAGGGACUUGCCAGGGAUGCCUGGGAGAUUCCUCGAGAAUCCCUACGACUCGACCUUAAACUGGGUCAGGGCUGUUUUGGAGAAGUCUGGAUGGGCACGUGGAAUGGCACGACCCGUGUAGCCAUCAAGACCCUAAAGCCCGGCACCAUGUCUCCAGAGGCCUUUCUUCAGGAAGCACAGGUCAUGAAGAAGCUCAGGCACGAAAAGCUGGUCCAGCUUUAUGCCGUCGUGUCUGAGGAGCCCAUCUACAUUGUGACGGAAUACAUGAGUCAAGGCAGCUUACUGGACUUCCUGAAAGGUGAAGCAGGAAAAAUGCUGCGUCUGCCGCAGCUGGUGGACAUGGCUGCUCAGAUCGCGGCUGGAAUGGCGUACGUGGAGAGGAUGAACUACGUCCACCGAGACUUGCGAGCUGCCAACAUCCUGGUGGGAGACAGUCUGGUGUGUAAGGUGGCUGACUUCGGUCUAGCGAGACUCAUUGAAGACAACGAGUACACGGCAAGACAAGGAGCGAAGUUCCCGAUCAAGUGGACGGCACCAGAAGCGGCGCUGUACGGCCGUUUUACAAUAAAGUCAGAUGUCUGGUCAUUUGGUGUGCUGCUGACAGAGCUGGCCACUAAAGGCAGAGUGCCAUAUCCAGGUAUGGUGAACCGUGAGGUCCUUGACCAGGUGGAGCGCGGCUACAGAAUGCCCUGCCCAUCUGAGUGCCCCGGAUCGUUGCACGACCUUAUGCUGUCCUGCUGGAGGAAGGAUCCAGAAGAGAGGCCAACAUUCGAGUACCUUCAGGGCUUCCUAGAGGACUACUUCACCUCCACAGAACCCCAGUAUCAGCCUGGGGAGAACCUAUAGAACCACACGAUAAACCGACCCCUUGUCCCCUUACCCCUGGAGGGAGAACCUCAACCCAGAACGAUGUGCACUAAGCAACCUCAGAGAAGCAUCUACUGGAAGUUCUGAGCCUGUGAAUCUCCAUGGAGAGGAACUUCUGAGACCAGUAGUGAAACGUGGAGGUCCUCCUCUCAUCAAGCUGUUUACUUCUCCAUAGUGCUGAGCAGAGAGGAGACAGGAGAGUGCUUGAAUUACAAGUCUACAUGUUGGAGGUUUUGAAGGAACCAAAUCCAGAUCUCUCGAGGAAGCGAGAGGUAGGAGGUGGAGGAUUAUCCUGCCAAGCAUGAGCCGCAAAACAUAGUGCUUUUUCUUCUGUCGUGUCUCUUCUCCUCUGGUCUGCAACUUUCUCUUGCUCAUCCACGGAGGAGCCGCAAGAUUCCUCCUGCCUCUCUCCUCCUCUGUCUUCAGUCUGAUUCUCAAGUGCUGCUCCUUUGAACUCAGAUUCACUUCUGGAGCAUUUGCAUCUUUAUUGAUGUUUAGUUGAACAGUCCUGUGGUUUCAGUUCCAUUUUCAGUGGCAAGAAUGGUACUUUUUGAUUUCCAGUCCGUUGUUUUCAUGAGGGUCAUCGACUGGACCAUGAGGUGAGGACAACUUUGCUGACUUUUUUCUCUACUUCAUGACGCUGGUCGGCUGGUUUCACCGUCAAUGAUUAAAAACGAUUCUGACGCAGGGACUUCUUAAGUUUUGGGGGUUUUUGUGUGUGUGUUUUUUUUGUUUUUUUUGUUUUAGGUUUACGAAGGGUUUGGUACAACUGGGAGUCUUUUGGAUUUUAAAAAGCCACACGGUAACUGUGACCUACAAGACAAGUAAUAAAAGGGUCGGGGUUUUGGGAAGGCAGGUGAGCAGUAGCGAGUAGAAACGUGACAUGUUUGUACAGCUUUACGUAAUGAAUCAUCGCUCAUGCUGCAGAGUUGUUUAGUGCGUUUAUCCUCUCAGGACCCCCAAAAUAAAAGGUAGAAUGCCCCCACACAACGUUGGUUUGUUACUGGUGAUAUCGAAAAGUCAUAGACAGGGAAACCCAUGCUGUUACAUGUUGCCUGAAAAACAUUGUGGUUGGUUUAGUAAAACAUGAUAAAGCUUAUUAUUUAUCGUGCCAUUUGUCUUCUUACACGCCUUCGUGAGGAGUUAUAGAGACGCCACUUUCUGUCGGCGCGUCGAACCCAUUUCAAAGUUCUUCUUUAAGAGUAGCUCUUUGAAGGCCAGAGCAUUAAAUAUGAAUUCUAACAUCACACAGUCUUUGCUUUACCGACCCCACGUGACUCCGGAUGAAAAGACUGCAAAAACUUUCUAGAUUGAACCACAUGAGAACGUGCACUGCAAAAAUGAGACCGGAGAGCUGUUUAGAGGGUAAAUUGUGAUUUAAAUUAAAACAUAAAUAUCAGAUCAGCACUCGGUUACUGAAAGUGUGUGGGCUGAUGUACUUUUUUUUCUUCAACAAUUAAAGGAUUAUUUUAAUGGUCUAAAAACUUGAUCCUGAGUGGACCUCCCGCUGGUCUGCUUUUUGAUAAGCAAGCUUUUCAUAGUCCAAAUGUCUGCAUCCUUAAUCCCAAUGUGGCUCACAGUUUAUGGCUGCAGAUGGAUAGAUUUGCUAUUGGAGCGUCAGAUACUUGGUAAGAGGUGCGACUCCUAAUCACAAGCGUGCUCAAGUCACCAAAAAAAACAACCCCAUUUCUUUUCUACUUCCCUAUUUUAUGCUGACAAUAUCGAUAAAUACACAACUUAAUUUGAGUUGUUCCUCAUAACUCCUUGGGUAGGUGCGAACCGUGCAUACGAACUUGAAGUCACCAUCUCAAUGCGCGAUGAUUUAAAAAUGUGGUUAUAGAGCAUUUGUACACCCGAACAAAUGUAAUUUGUGAUAUAAAAGAAUUGGUUUGAACGGCACUGGGCACAGUUCGAAGUCCUAAGCUUGGUUCCGCAGAGCGUUGUUGCGUUCAUGAAACAUUUACGUGACCUACUAAAGAAGCUGCCCGUCCAAUCAUAUUACGGUUGAAUCAAAAUCCAAGUGGGCUGCAGAUGAAAGCCGGGCCCACUGUUCGCCGUGCCAAAAAGUAUCUCCACUGUUGCUGAUGUACAUAAUCUUUUACGGCCAAGAGAGGCGACCAUUAAAAAGGUGCCACCGAAGAGACCCUUCAAGAAGCAUAUUCGAUCAGGUGACCCUAAUAAAACUGUGUUAAUGUCUUAAUAUGAGAAACCAGUUAGCAUGCUUUUGUGCUGUUCUCCUGGCUGGGUUUGUAGUUAUGAUGUACCGCACAUCAUCAUGUGUAUUUGGGAUCAUGGACUUUUAAGACCAUCGUCUUACAAUUAUUUUUGUCCACAGCGACCACUGUCAUACUGUACAUACUGUAGCGCUUUUAGGGAUUUUGUAUCACACCAGUCACCUUCAGGCAGGUCUCCAAGAAGUGUCACUCAUUCAUAGUGAGUUGGUUAUCGAUGUAGUCGAUACAGAAAAAAAAAAAGUGUAUAGCCGGUUAGAACAACUUAACCAGUUUUCUCUACAUGCAGCAAUAAGGGAGCUGGUGGUCUGUACUUGUCAAUGCCCUGGUGAUGAAUCCUGAUCGAUAACAAAUCAGUGAGAGCAAAAAUGACUGUGACUAUCAUGUUUCUUUACUUGCCUCCAUGCUGAGGUUUUUUAAUCAUUCUGAGGUUUUUAAAUAUUCUGAGGUUAUUUUCAACUAAAUUUAAGCUCCACAUAGUGAUAUUAGAAAUGACUGCAAUCGUUUUCUGAGCUGCCUAGAGGGCCCCGAGGGCCGAGGUGUCAUUGGACUUCCUGUGCCAUAUUUUAGAAGCGUCUCAGUCUUUUUUUAUGUUGACUUUUUUAUGAAUCUAUGCAGUUUUGGUCCGGCAUUCCUGCAAAUUGAUGGCCAUCUUUAUUCUUAAAUUUGAAAGAUCAUAAAUCUGAUGAAGUUGUGAGCAUUUUAUAAGGACUUUUGUUUUGUUUUGCUGUUCAGAAUUGUGACAGGAUUGACAAAUGGGUAUCGUGCCACUUAAUGUUAUUUUAAAUGUGCAAUAAAUUAUAUUUGA